GGCAUCUUCAGACGGCCAAGCCAGAGAGUAAAACAAAAUAAUAAUCAGUUAAACAGGUGCUGAAGGAUAGAGAGAUAAUAUAAGGCCGGCCUUAACUCACUCUUGAAAAACGUCUGCACCAUUUAACGUCGUUGCAAUCUUGAAACUCAUCAAACUUUGCUGGGACGUGGAGGACCUCUUUUCCAACUCCAACUUUCCAACUCUAUUUUACCUAUACACACGAGAAAAUGACUUCGCAGGAAUCCAAUUCCAUCUCGAUGCAGAAAGCGACCAACGUCGUCUACCAUCGCCCAUUGGUCGACAGGAACGUCCGUGGCAAAGUGAUUGGCACGGGCAAAUUCCGCGGAUGCACCUUGUGGUUUACAGGACUUUCCGGUGCUGGCAAGACGACGCUGUCUUUCGCGCUGGAGGAUUACCUGAUCGCUCGAGGCAUUCCAGCAUUCGGCCUCGAUGGGGACAACAUGCGCUUCGGUCUCAAUUCCGAUCUGGGAUUCACCGAUGCCGAUCGAGAGGAGAACAUCCGACGUGUGGCCGAAGUGGCGAAACUGUUCGCCGAGUCGGGCGUCGUGACGCUUUGCUCUUUCGUUUCGCCUUUCCGCGCGGACCGUGAUCGUGCUAGGAAAAUUCACGAAGAUGCGGGACUCCCGUUUUUGGAAAUCUUCGUCGACGCCCCGCUGAAUGUCUGCGAGACGCGUGAUGUCAAGGGUCUCUACAAAAAGGCACGUCAGGGCCAGAUUAAAAAUUUCACGGGCAUCGAUUCGCCCUACGAGAAGCCAUUAAGCGCGGAGAGUACCAUGCGCACAGGGGAGACAUCUAUUAUCGAAUGCACGCAAAAACUGGUCGAUCUUCUCGUUGAUCGGAACGUUCUACCACCGGCCGUUCAAGCCUCUGUUAUCGAACUGUUCGCCAAGGAACCGGCCAAGGCUAAAGCGGAAGCGGACACAUUGCCGUUCCUCGAUAUCAGCGAGAUCGACCUUCAAUGGGUCCAGGUCUUGUCCGAAGGUUGGGCUUCGCCUCUUAGAGGCUUCAUGAGGGAACGUGAAUACCUCCAGGUGGUGCAUUUUAACAGCAUCAAUGAUGGAGCUGCGGUUUCCAAUCAGAGCAUUCCCAUUGUACUCUCUGCUUCCAGCGAAGACAAGGAACGACUGGCCAAGAGCGAGGCUAUCACACUACGCCACCUGGGCAAGCCGGUGGCUAUUUUGAGAGCACCGGAAUUCUACGAACAUCGCAAGGAAGAUCGAUGCGCUCGGACGUUUGCCACGACGCAUGCGAAUCAUCCGUACAUCAAGACGAUCCUGGCCAGCGGCGACUGGUUGGUCGGCGGUGAACUGGAAGUCCUGGAGCGAAUCAGAUGGAACGAUGGGUUGGACGAAUAUCGUUUGACACCCACUGAACUCCAGCGCAAAUUUUUCGACAUGGGAGCCGACGCUGUUUUCGCUUUCCAGCUGAGAAAUCCCGUCCACAACGGACACGCCCUUCUUAUGCAAUUUACACGCCAGACUUUGUUGGAUAGAGGCUACAAGAAGCCCGUCCUCUUGCUCCAUCCGUUGGGCGGAUGGACGAAAGACGAUGACGUUCCACUGCCCGUCAGGAUGGAACAACAUCAGGCCAUCUUGGAAGAGAAAGUAUUGGAUCCGGAAAACACGGUCCUGGCCAUUUUCCCGUCGCCCAUGCUUUACGCUGGACCGACCGAGGUCCAGUGGCACGCCCGUUCCAGGAUGACAGCCGGAGCUAAAUUUUACAUCGUAGGCAGAGAUCCGGCCGGUAUGGCUCAUCCUGAUUCUUCCCUGAAAAAGGACCUGUACGAGCCGACCCACGGCGGCAAGGUGCUGUCCAUGGCUCCUGGACUUGUUGGCAUUGAGAUCAUCCCCUUCCGAGUGGCAGCUUACGACACCAAGGCCAAAGCCAUGGCUUUCUUUAAUCCGGAACGCAAAGAGGAUUUUGAUUUUAUCUCUGGCACUCGCAUGAGAGCCCUGGCUAGAUCGGGCACGCCGCCACCUGAAGGAUUCAUGGCACCCAAAUCGUGGGACGUCUUGGCCCGUUAUUAUCGUUCGCUUGUUAGCAGUUGAAGACCUUUUUAACAUCAUAUUUUGUGAGAAUUCCAUUCAACAACCCCGAAGAUUUAAUGUUUUUAAAUUUUUUAUUUUAAUUACCACAAAGGACAGCAAUUGCGACAAAUUUCAAAAUGCAAAGAUACAUACACAUAUGCCAAAUUGGAAUAUAUCCAACCAAAUAAUUGUGAAAGACAACACUGAAGAUACAACACAUUUUAUGCAAUUGACAUGCGAAAUAUAUUGGGCUAGAAUUUAA